GUUUAUAUAAGAAGUGCGGAUAAAUGUCUCCCAGUGUCGAGUUGGGAGAGUGGGUGUGAGUACGAUGACCAGUGCACUUUUGUUUUGGGCACAGACUCGGCUCAAUGUUCACGAAAUCAAUGUAUAUGUCGGCAAACAUAUACUCUCUGUUCAGUACCAAUGAUAGGCAAAAAGUGUUUAAAAUCUGCCUCACUAAACAAUGAAUGCAAAAAUAGAGAUCAAUGCACUGAUAACCAAACCUACUGUUCCGAUAAGAAUAUCUGUGAGUGUAAGAGUGGUUACAAUUUAAGUGGUAAUAAAUGUAUUGCAAUCAAGAGUUGCGAUUCAUCUGAAUUGGGAUUCAAUGAGCACUACAUUCGCGGCGAUUGCGACCAAAACGAGUUUUGCCGCAAUAGUGUGUGUCUAUGUCUACCUAACUAUCUGGCACAGGGAGAUCAGUGUGUGAACAGAGAUGAUGAUGACAGGCCAUGGCUUGAGAGAUAUGGGUAUUACAUAAUCGGAGGUUUGGCUGCAUUUCUAGUGAUAACUGUAUUCUUGACUGUCAUUCAAGUGAAGAAACGAAGACAACGAAAACAAAACCAAAGGACUCAACAGAAUAGUAAAGAUCCAUUGAAUUCUGUGAACACUGAGUGA